AUGAUUACUAGAGAAGUAGAUACAAGUGAUAAUACUGUUACUAAGAUUCCAAAAAAAUCAUCAUCAUCAUCAUGGACAAGAUUUAAAGAUCCAAGGAUCGUUCGUGUGUCACGAGCAUUUGGGGGAAAAGAUCGUCACAGCAAAGUUCUUACGGUGAAAGGGCUGAGGGAUCGGAGAGUUAGGCUCUCCGUUCCCACAGCCCUUCAAUUAUAUGAUCUUCAAGACAAAUUAGGGCUAGAUCAACCAAGCAAAGUUGUUGAUUGGUUGCUUAAUGAAGCUAAGCAUGAAAUCGACGAAUUACCUCCACUUCAAAUGCCUCCAAUAAGGGAUCAGACCGGGUUGCCUCUGACCGGUCUGAGGAAGGACGAGGAGGAGACGUUGGUGGCGUCUGAUGAGGAUAAAGUGAAACUAGAUGCGCGAAAUCUUGACCUAAAGGACAAUAGCAAUAGCAAUAGCAAUAGCAACAGCUUCAGUUUUGGUCUUUAUCAGAAUAAUCACUCCUUUCAAUCAGUUCAUUCCGGAAGUCAUCAUGGAGUAGCAGUACCACAUGAAUACGAAGAAAUUCAAAACUUCAAUGUUAUGGCGGCCUUGCCUUCAACAAUUUAUAAUAUGCCAUUAAGUUCACAAGUUCUUGUGUAUCCACCUGCAGGAUUAUCACAAUAUUUUUCCAAUCCACAUAAUUAGACCUGAAAUAUUUGAUCCAAAAGAAUAUAUGCUACAUUUGUUUCCUAUAUUAUGAAAUUUACAGGCUAAAUAAUUGUUGGAAAUUAAACUUCCAAAGUUGUGAUCAUUUGUCAAGGUUGAUAAAUUAAUGUUAAUUGUUGGGUGGUAAUUAAUAUACUAUAUAUAGUGGCAAGAUC